UAAAUCAAUUUAUUUGUAAUUUAUAAUGGGUGAUAAAAGAUGGAAAAGUAUUUUAUGCGGUGGCAUGGCUGGUGGAACGGAUGUGCUGCUCACAUUUCCCAUUGAAUACAUAAAAACACAACUGCAAUUAGAUGAAAAAGGCGAUAAAAAGAAAUAUAGCGGAGUGCUGGACUGCUUUAGGAAAACCACCAAACAAUAUGGUAUUUUUGGGCUAUACCGUGGAAUGAGUGUACUGCUUUAUGGAAGUAUACCAAAAACAGCCGUGUGCUUUGGAUCAUUUGAAUUUUUUAAGUCACAUUUAGUUGACGAAAAGAAGUCACUGUCAACAUUUAAUAGCUUCUUAUGUGGUUUGGGCUCCGGAAUAGUCGAAUCUCUGGUUGUGACAACACCAAUGGAAACUUUGAAGGUCAAACUAAUAAAUGACCGACGUAGUGAGAAGCCAAAAUUUCGCGGAUUAUUUCAUGCAGCUCGUCUUAUAAUCAAAACGGAAGGUUUCCAUGGUAUUUACAUGGGUCUUACGCCGACGUUGCUCCGACAGUGUUCCAAUCAUGCAAUACGCUUCCCAAUAGUGGAAACAUUUAAAAACUACUAUAAAGGCGAUGAUCCAACUCGGAAGCCACCAAAAUGGAUGAUAGCUGUUGCAGGAUUUAUGGCCGGCGGUACCGCAGUGUUGGCCAAUACUCCAAUCGAUACAUUAAAAACGCGCAUGCAAGGCUUGGAAGCAGCUAAAUAUAAAAAUAUGUUCGAUUGCAUGUUGAAAAUAUCUCGUAACGAGGGAGUGUUAGCACUCUAUAAAGGUAUGGUGCCACGAUUUAUGCGUUUAUCCUUACAAGCCAGCGUUAUUUUUACACUUUACGAUGUAUAUAUGGAAGCAUUUGAUGCAUUAGAAGAAAUGUUGAAGGGAAACAAAGGGACGAGUUGAUAUUGUAUUGGCAAUAAAUUCCAUUCCUAACAGAUGUUGCAUCUGAUGUAGUAUAUUAAUAAAUCUAAAUGGUUAGGAUAAUACGAGAUGAAGAUAUUUUUUUAUAAAUAAUACUCAAAUGAUGAAUUGCGGAAUUUGUUUGGCGCAAAAGAAAAACGUAAAAUACUGAUAAUUUAAAAUGUUUUUAAAUUAAUUUUUUGUAUAAACUAAACUGCCGUAAUUGAUAGAAAGGAACUUUCUAUACUCUAGAACCGUCUAUAAUGUACAAUGACUAUAGAAAAAUAUUUAAAUUAUGAAUAAAUAAUAAAUUUGUAAUGUUGAUAUUUAA